UAGACGGGAAAUGAUUGCAUAUAAAACUCAAGGGUAAAACCGAGUCCAGUUUAGUUGGGGAUUUUCCACACGAUGACGGCCAAAAUGAUCCAGCACACAAAGAAAGUCUAAUAAUCGCCAAACUAUUCAACUGUUUCCGAUCAAUAAAGAAAAUCGACCUGUCUGUGCCAGACCUUUUGUGAUGGAUGGAUAUAAAAGUGACUCGAAAAUGGAGAGUCUGCUGUCCAAACGAAUACGUUGUCCCCGAACUGAGCAGUUGAACUAUUGCUCGAUUUCUUUUGCCCGCAUUAUUUUUUUAAAAUCAUCAUGUGCCAGGAGCCCAUCGCUUUGAUGGUAUUGAUCGCCAUCUGCUGGCUUUCUUUGGCCAACGGAAUGCCGACAUUGACCGGUAGCCUCAAUAACAGAGAUCGAUCUGCCGUGGAGACUGGCGAUCGAUUAAGACGUCAAACGGAUUACUCGCAAGACGAAACGAUCGUAGUUGACGCUCCCGAAAUCUACGACGACGCCUACGCCCUUACGGAUGACUCGUCAGCUGAUGGCAAUUUAACUUUACGGUUCGGCUCCGGAUAUCAUCAACAAUACAAUCCGUUCCAAUAUGGCGGAUGGAAUGCUUACGGUGGCGCUGGGCAACAAUAUCCCAACAACAACAACAACUUCCCAGGGGGUUAUCCUGCAUAUCCUUAUGGCCCUCACAACUACAAUAAUUACCCGGGCAGUAGCAACACGACGAUGAAUCCAUUUUACAAUUAUAAUUACAACAAUGGCCACGGAUAUUAUUACCCAAUGAAUACGACAUCUACUUCGACGACGACAUCUACUUCGACAUCUACUUCGACAUCUACUUCGACAUCGACCACUACGACGACGAGACCACCUUAUGGGAAUUAUUACGUAUUCAAUUUCCGUGAUGGUUCCGGCAACCAAACUGCUAUUGACGAUGGGACUUAUGGCGAUGUAGGUCAAGACGACGGUUUCAAGUUUGAGAACCGUUAAACACCGAUUUCAAAAACUAUUCUUCGUGCACGAUUGCGAUCGAGAUAAUUAUCUCAUGACGUAACUUUGUUGUCUAAUCGACCAAGCAUUAUCGUAUUACCUUUUAUUUUAAAUUAAAGAAUAUAAUUGCAACCUAUGAAUCCCUUAAAAUUAAAAUAAUACAUUUUCCCUACAGAUUUGCACUGACACGAAAUAAAUUGCAGUUUUCAAAA